AAAACCCAAUUUCUCCGAGGUCACAACUCGAAAAAACCCAGAGAGAGCUUGCGAAGAAGAAGAAGAACCUUUUAUAUAGUUCUCUCCAUUUUCGUAUGAUUCGCGACUCAUCCUCAUCAUACCAUUCCUUUUUCAAUUCAAUUUCUCAUUUUUUAUUUUUUUCUAUUUUAAUCUCUCUCUCUCUCUCUCUCUCUCUCUCUCUCUCUCUCUCUCAUACACCUGUUGAAAUCUGUAACAGCGAGAGCUAAAUGUUGAUUGGUUAGAUGAGAAUUUGAGAUUGCUCAAGUUUCGAUUUCACGAUGGACAACGGGCACGAGGAGAGACUCGUCGAGAAGUUCUCAGGAGUGGGUCUCAGAGAAUCUUCCAAUGAAAACGAUAGCUUGUUCCAGGUCAUCAAAGCUGUUGAAGCUGCCGAAGCCACAAUCAAGCAACAGGUGGAGGAGAAUAACCUCUUAAAGUCUGAACUUCAGAGAAGAUAUCUCGAGCUUGCCAAAUAUAAAUCAGGUGAAACCACGCCCCAAGCAUCUCACUCCGCUGGAUCUUCUCCGUUGCACCAGUCAGUUGAUCGGAGGAAGGGCGUGGUCAGUGCUCCAGGUGCUGGUUCAUCAGGUAUGCUAGUUGUUCACCAGCCUAAUGGAGAGGAAGCUACUGUGAGUAAUCGUUUUGAAGACCGUUCUGAUGGAAUCGUGACUAAUGGCAUCGCAAGGGGAGCCUCUCAGUUGUCUUCUACGCCGUCUACAAUAUCACUAUCUCCUAUGAGAUUGGAAGGAGAACGUGACUCGCACAUCGUUUCGUCUACUCAUGAGUUGAUGCCAGUAGGUGAAGUAAAUAAUUCGGGGAGUGCAUGGAAGCAGGAGCUUAUUCACAAGGUCAACGAACAGGAACAAGAGAUUGUGCGGUUACGAAAAUAUCUUGCUGACUAUGCUGUCAAGGAAGCUCAAACACGCAAUGAGAAAUAUGUCUUGGAAAAGCGUAUUGCGCACAUGCGAGUGGCAUUUGAUCAACAACAACAGGACCUUGUUGAUGCUGCAUCAAAAGCACUCUCUUAUAGGCAAGAGAUUAUUGAGGAAAAUAUUCGCCUGACAUAUGCCUUACAGGCUGCAGAACAGGAGAGAUCUACAUUUGUAUCGUACUUGUUACGUCUUCUAUCUGAAUAUUCGCUGCAUCCACAGAUCUCUGAUUCUCAGUCUAUUGUUAGCAAUGUCAAGGUUCUGUUUAGGCAUCUGCAGGAGAAGCUUCUUUUGACUGAGACAAAGCUAAAGGAGACAGAGUACCAAUUAGCACCGUGGCAGUCGGAUGUAAACCACUCAAAUGCUUCGCCUUUGUCACCAUAUCAUCCUGUUGGUGCUUCUUUGAGAUACUCAACAGAUCAAGAACAGUAUCACCAAGAUGGGCGUGGUGUACCAGCGGCGAGUAAUUACCAUCUUGAUGGUCCUGAGAGUAGAUCACCAGCCUUUCAGAUGCCUUUGCAACCAGCUUUUAAUCAAGAUGAAUCUAAUGGACCAAAUAACCGUGUUCAGUUUCGUGAGCCUCUCAGCAAUACAUUUAUGGACGAUCCAUAUGCAGAAGUACAAGCAGAUACAAAUCAAACUUCGGAAAAUGCGAAUUAUGCAGCUGGGUUUGAUGAGCCAAGCCCCUCAAAUUACCCCAAUUUGCCCCCAGUUCUUGAAGAGCCAACUUCAUCUUUUUCUGAGGCUGCAGAUGAUGAUCCGUUGCCAGGGAUAGCAGACCUACAGAUAUCAGGAGAACCUUUUCCUGGACGAGAGCUUCUGGCUUCUGGACACUCCAUCCAUGGAACGACAAAAUGUAAUUUUGAGUGGGUGCGGCAUCUGGAAGAUGGCUCAGUGAAUUACAUUGAAGGAGCAAAGAAGCCAAAUUAUCUUGUUACUGCCGAUGAUGUUGAUUUAUAUCUUGCUAUUGAAGUUCACCCCUUGGACGACAAGAAUCGCAAGGGGGGGCUUGUGAAGGUCUUUGCCAAUGAGAAUUGCAAGAUUACAUGUCAUCCAGAGAUGCAGAGUCAUAUAGAGAAGAAUCUUCAUAACAGCCAUGCAUCGUUCAAGGUUUACUAUGCGAUUGGUUAUAUGGAUAUAUGGGAAGCAGCUACUUUGUCUAUCAAGAAAGAAGGCUAUAGCAUCAAACCAAGUAACGAUCCUGUAAUUACAGAAAAGUUCUCCUCUUCUACCACUGUUGCGAUUCCCUUUGAACAGCCUGCGGAUUUUGUGAUUAUUGGUAGUGAUGGCGUGGAGCAUCUCUUUCGGGUGCAUAAUGAUGCAACGGAUUUUAGCUGCUCAAGAGACACAAUUGUGCUCACCCUCAGAUUAUUUAUUAAGAAGGCUCUGCAGAGAAAGAAGGGCAAGAAAAAAGGAUUUUUGUUUAACAAAUGAGUUUUUGGUAAAUAAAAUAUUGUUGGCUCUUUUUCUCUGACAAUAUUAGAGAUAGUCCUUGACUGAUUGUGAAAUGUUAUGCAAGUCUUGAUGUAGUAGCUGAUUAAAAAAAACAAUUCAAUCAAUUUCAGUACAGAAGAAAAAUGAGCAAAAAAUAAUAA